AGUUUACGCAGGGCGCCACAAAAGGGCGGAUUGUUUACGCCGUGCGACCAGGUAAACUGUGAGAUGGUGGGGGUAACUAAUCAGGUGCGCCGCGGCUGAAGGCGAUGACUCGCCCGGCCCAGAACUCGAUAUCUUCCCGCUCAGACAUGAAAGGAGCCGGGAGAUUACGGGUGCAGAUAGCUCGCCCAUCCCUCUCUCUCAGAACCCGCCCGCGUUAUCUAAAUCAUCGCCACUUAAGAGCAGGCGGAAUGAGAACGGCAAACACGGCUUAAAAGUGGCGGUGGCGUAUCGUAGCUGACCAAACAAGCGCCUCAACACUAUGAAAGGGCGGGCUUCCCACCUGAUGUGUAUUGAUAAAACACCGUAAUAAGAUUUCACGGGCAGGCCUGAUAAACGUUAGGAGAUCCGCGGGUGGGGAGAGGAGGGACACGGGAGGUGUGCCACGGGGUCGCGGCGCUGAUUGGUGAAGGAUUUUAAGUGAAUCAUCCUCCCGGAAAGAUCACGUGUUCUGGCGUAGUAUACAACUACGUCAGGCAGUGCGAGCGAGUCAGUCUAGAGUUACGACACGUAUCCGACGCACGACAGAGACACAACCACGCCGAGAUUUUCUUAUUUUCUUGAGGAUUCGAACUCACAACCUGCAGGUUUCCGAGUUCACGACUUUCUUCUCACAGUGUCUACACAGCGUGGCGUACACGUCGGUUGGAAACUUCCGGUAUCCUGUCAGACUUUCGUCCUAGACCAAACAGUAGAGUUCCAACGUUGACAGUUGCACGUUGGGACAAGUAUUUUCACCGCAACAGUGCGCACCUUCAAACAGGAAAGGCCUUUCUACAGAUUUCGAGAGAGAGAGAGAAACUUGCAACGAUGUACGGCUCGUCACCGAUCCUUACCUGUUCGGUUCCCCGGAUCACACCGUACCCACCGCCGCCGCCGAUCUUCUCCAGCGCCCCUGGGUUCCCCACGCCGCCAGCCACUUCUCUACAGUCCGCCCCGUGGCUCCAGAUACCCGUCAGGGCCCCGUACUCCCCGCCGGUACCGUACGUGUACGAAGGCCAGCUCGUCCGCGACAUCCUGCCGACCGACCCCUGCAAACAGGCGCUCCUCAUGGCGUCUCAGGCCGCCGGACUCACAGGUGUCACCGACUACCCAGACGACUCGAAGCCGACGAAGCAGCGCCGGAGCCGGGCGAACUACAGCCAGUGGCAGCUGGAGGAGCUGGAGAAGGCGUUCGAGACCACUCAGUACCCGGACAUCUUCAUGAGGGAGGCGCUCGCUCUCAGACUCGACCUGAUCGAAGCCAGGGUACAGGUUUGGUUCCAGAACCGGCGUGCCAAACUCCGUCGCCAGCUCAAACUACAAGGCAAGGACCCUAAAGAAGCCCUGAAACCACCCAACUCCAACAAGAACAGUGAGGACAACGACAUCGUCAGCGGCAGCGACAGCGACACCGACGACAAAUCCGAGUGCGGCGGCAAGAAGGAGAAGCCGAAAUUCUCCUGGCCGGGGAUGAGACCGAAGGGGGAGCCCGAGAUGGUGGCACCUCCCUUCGCGGGCGUCCUGCAGGGUCUCCCCGCCGGGAAAAAGGAAACGCUCGGUGGGAAAUCCACGGGGUCGAACCAGGUAGAGGAGGCGGGUAGGAGAGACAGCAGCAUCGCCAAGCUCAGGUCCAAGGCCAAGGAACAUCUGGCCAACAUCGAGGCCAUCUGGACGACGGAAAGGAGUGAAAGUGAGAAGGAGGAAGAAACGAGUAGUACGGACUCUGGGAAAGAGAACAUUGAAGUAGACGUUGACGUGGAGAGUUUGUAGCUUCCCCCGUCUCUCAGAUAUGUAGCAUACCUUUUUACUAUUGUAAAAAACAUUUAAUAUGUACCCAGCUACCGGUAUAUUAGCAUAGAAGUUGUUUUUUUAUCUUAAAAAAGUGCGGGUCACUCCGACAAAAUGAAUUCUUUUUUUUUUGUAAUAGCGAAGACAUUGACGUUGUUUUUGUACCUAGCUAGUCUAGGUACAAGCAAGGCAGAAACCAUGCUUCUGUGUCCUUACCAUAUCCCAUCAAGUGUUCCUUAAAACCCCUGAAAUAGUCCCUUUGUUUUGUGGUAAUUUU